AUGAGCGUUAUUCUCUGCACAGCGGGCUAUGACCAUACCAUUCGUUUCUGGGAAGCGCUGUCUGGCAUCUGUUCACGUACCAUCCAGCACCCGGACUCGCAGGUUAAUCGGCUAUGCAUUACCCCCGACAAACGCUAUCUAGCAGCGGCAGGCCACAACAACGUCAAGCUCUAUGACAUCAAGUCCACCAAUCCCAACCCGAUUAUGAGCUUUGACGGUCAUACAAAUAACAUAACUGGGGUCGCAUUCCACUGCGAAGGCAAGUGGAUGGUUACUAGCUCGGAAGACGGCACGGUGAAAGUCUGGGACACCCGCACCGGCAGUUUGCAGCGCAAUUACGCCCACAAGGCUCCCGUGAACGACGUUGUCAUUCAUCCCAACCAGGGUGAGCUGAUUAGUGGGGAUCGCGCCGGUAUUGUGCGCGUCUGGGAUCUGGGAGAGAGUGUUUGCACCCACCAGUUGAUUCCUGAAGAUGACGUUGCCGUUCAGAGUGUCAGCGUCGCAAGUGACGGGUCUUUGCUCUGUGCCGGAAACAAGAAGGGCAAUGUUUACAUCUGGCGCAUGCUCCAAGAUGCUGAAAUCACUCGCAUCGUCCCCAUCUGCACCUUCCAGGCCCACAAGGAUUACCUCACCCGAAUUCUUCUCUCCCCCGACGUCAAGCACCUCGCAACCUGUUCUGCCGACCACACGGCCAAAGUCUGGAAUCUCGACCUCGACUACCCUCCCGCGAAGAUGGCCGCUGCCAAGGCCAAAGUGAAAGCUCUCAGCCCGGGCACCCAGGACAUCGCAUCCCCGCAGCCCACGCCAGACAGUCAGAACGGAACGCCGGGCAGUGACAAAGCCAAGGCCGCCACCGAUUUCAACCCCUUCAGUCUCAUCGACGGAAUCACGCCGCCCCCCAGCACCGAGCCGCAACAGACCUUCCCCGUCCAGCCCGACGGGCCGCCGAUCGACCCCAACACCGCAACCCUCUACCUGGAGACGACACUAGCUAAUCAUCAGCGCUGGGUCUGGGACUGCGCGUUCUCCGCCGACUCGGCUUACCUUGUCACCGUCUCUAGCGAUCACUAUGCCCGUCUAUGGGAGCUGGCGUCCGGCCAGGUCAUUCGUCAGUACAGUGGACAUCACCGCGGGGCGGUUUGUGUCGCUCUCAACGAUUACUCUGAGCCUCGUUGA